AUGAGAAGGGGUGAAUAUUUAAGAAAACUCAAAUGGACAGUACCAAAUGAAAUGUUAGUAUUGAAAAACAUGUUCCAUGACAAAAUAAAACCAACUACAGAAAUAAAUGACGCAAGACUGAAACGUUGGGUAAAAGCUUUCCCAUUCACAAAAGAUAUUAUUGGUUACAUGGAAAGAAAACCAGAAUGGCUACAAAAACAUAUAUUUGGAAACGAGCUUAUUCCAUAUGGACAAGCUAUAUUUGAAGAGCUUGAACCGGAAACUCAGGAAAGAGUCAUGCAAACAAUAAGCGAAGACUCAAAUACAAACUAUGACAAAAUCUUUCUAGGAUAUAGGUUACCUGAGAUGGGCGACCAGAGCCCAAAGGCAAAAAGGACAUGGGAAAUUUACAACAUACUAGGUGAACAUGAGGCAAAGAUGCUACAACUUGAAGCAGAGGGCAAGUUACCAAAAGCGACACCAAAGAAGAAGAGAAGAGUAGAACAAAGUGAAAGUAGUGAAGAAGUAACUUCAUCUAGUGAAAGUAGUGGCAAUGAAGGAAAAAGAAGAGUUAAAGAUUCAGUUAAAAAGUCAGCCAGGAAGAAAGUAAAGCUUGGUCCGGGUGGGUUCUAUUAUGACAUAUAA